AUGGGACGCGAGACGGGAGCUUCCUUUGGGCUUCAACCAAGGGACUACUCUGCUCUCCCCGCGAAGAGCUCAUUUAAGAUCGACGAGGGCUACUCAGACGAAACGAAGAGCCUGCAGGAAAAUGAGAGCGUGCAGGACACGCUUGAGCUGCCUGCAUGGAUCCUCGCGCGCAGCGAAGCUGACAGAGCUGAACUGGUGUAUAUGCUACUGAGAACGCUCCGGACAUCCACCAUCACCGGCGUGAUCGAACGUCUGACCCCUUUACUCCAUAUGGAUCCCGUACGGAAACUACCACCGGAGAUAACAGCCGAGAUAUUCUCCUAUCUCGAUCCCACCACCCUCCUGACGGCUUCUCUGGCCUCGAAACCAUGGCGCAGCAGGAUCCUCGAUUCCAGGCUCUGGCGGGGACUCUACAUCAAGGAAGGAUGGAGACUCAACAUGAGCUCGAUUCGGGAGUUCCACCGCCAGUCAAGCGAGAUUGCCAAGCAGCAGCAAGGCAGGAAAUCCAGGAACAGACACUCGGAGUCGGAGUCUGGUCAGCCGCAGCUCAAAAGACGUGCACUCGCCUCUGACCGUGCUGGGGCUGGGCCAGCGGAGAUGGUUGCAGGCAGGCUCCCCACAGACACUGAGGGAGAUCAUGAAAUGCAUGAUGCUGCAGCAGCAGUGGAGCCCACCUCACCCAUGGACAUCUCCUCCCCAUCACGCUUGGCUGCCCGGCUCGCCGAGAAGUGUAAUGUGCCCCAUUCUCUGGACCCUUCAAUGCACUCUCCAGGCUUUGAUUCACUCUUCACAGACGAUCGAUCGCCUCUUCCUUACUCCUCAGCUGCUGUAUGGUCCCGCAACGGACCCACCUUGAACUGGGCAUACCUCUACAAGCAGCGUCAGAAGUUGGAGGAAAACUGGCGUCAUGGCCGGUUCACCAAUUUCCAGCUGCCCCACCCAGAUGCGCCGUGGGAGGCCCAUCGUGAGAGGGUGUAUGUCGUUCAGUUUUCAGGCAAAUGGCUGGUCAGCGGCAGCAGGGAUAAGACAGUCAGAGUCUGGGAUCUGGAAACACUGCGGCUGAGGGGUCAGCCCCUGGCCGGUCAUACCAAAUCCGUUCUCUGUCUACAAUUUGAUGCAAGCCCGGAGGAAGAUGUUAUCAUGUCCGGAAGCGGUGAUCGCAGCGUUAUCAUCUGGCGAUUCUCCACCGGAGAAAAGAUACACGAACUUCCCAAUGCACACCUUGACUCUGUCCUCAACCUGCGCUUCGACAAGCGGUAUCUUGUGACUUGCUCAAAGGAUAGGACUAUCAAGGUGUUCAACAGGAAUGCCCUGUUGCCUACUGAUGCAGACUAUCCUAGGGUCACCAAGGGAGCCGGCCCACGAUACCCAGAAUAUAUCAUAGAUACUGCAGCAAUCCCACCUUCUACACUAGAGACCCAGAUAGCCAACCAGCAGAUCAAGCCCCUGGCUCCUUACACGUUGCUCAUAACCCUAGACGGGCACAGGGCUGCCGUCAACGCCAUCCAAAUUGACAAGGAUGAAAUUGUUUCCGGGUCUGGUGAUCGGCUUAUCAAGGUCUGGAAUAUCCAUAGUGGUACUUGCUUGAAGACCAUAUUAGGCCAUAAUAAGGGAAUUGCCUGUAUCCAAUUUGACAAUCAACGCAUCGUAAGCGGCAGCAAUGAUGACACGGUCCGCAUAUACGACCACGUAUCGGGGGCAGAGGUUGCUUGCCUGAGGGGUCACUCGGGUCUUGUCCGAACUGUCCAAGCCGGCUUUGGAGAUCCUCCUGGUUCAGAAGAGACAAUGAGACUGGAAGCAUUAGCAGUUGACCAGGAAUAUUUUGAAGCCCGACGCCGUGGAGACAUUGAUGAGAACCCUAUAACGACCCGCCGCAACCGCCCGCCACCAAACACGGGAUCCAGACUACCACAGGAUGUUAUGGCAUUGGGUGCUAAAAUCCCCCCUGGAGGAGGUGGAAGCAACUGGGCCAGAAUUGUCUCUGGCUCGUAUGACGAAUCCAUCAUCAUCUGGAUGAGGGAUAAAGAAGGCAAAUGGGUAAUCGGGCAGAGGCUAAACCAGGCUGAAGCUAUCAGGGCAGCUAGAGCGGCUGCAGCUGCGGCCGCCGCUGCUCGCACACAAGCUAGCGAGCCUACUACUUCCACCAAUGAAAACCUGCAGGCCGGACCUGCAUCAACGGAAGCUACACAAGGCCACAACCACCAUGCAAACACCCAUGCAACCGGAGCAACAGCCUCCACCUCCCACAACCCCCUACCACCGCAACAACCGACUGAUCAAACAGCAGGCACCAACCCGCCUCCAGCCCCGGCUCACCAGCAUCAAGGCCAAGACCCCCAAGCACAGGCAAACCAAGUGCCUGCCAAUAUAGACGCAGCGGGACAUCAGGCCGCCAUUCCUCCGACAGCAGGAAUAUUAAAGAUCCAGUUUGAUGCACGUAAGCUCAUCUGCGCAAGCCAGGAUACCCGCAUUAUCGGAUGGGACUUUGCAGCCGGCGAGAAGAAACUCGAAGAAGCAUGCCAAUUCUUCGACGGACUAUAG